GUUUUUUUUUCACAUGCUUUGACUUCAACAGAUAGAUAAAAAAAGAGCUUAAUUUUCUUUUUUGGCAUCCCUUUCCUUCCGCUCUCCACUUUUUUUUAUUCUUUUAUUUUUUUUCUAGUUUUCUUCUUUUAUUAUUUACAAUGCCAUUACUUGGAUCAAAGAAUAAGAAAAAGACAAGUCCUGGAACUCUUAGACCUUCUAGUUCAGCUACUACUACUUCAACUACUUCAACUAACAAUAAAACUAAUAAUAACACAACUAUAUACCCUCAUCAAUCCAAUUUACUAUCAAGACUACCUAUAAAUGCAUCUACUCCUACAGUAUAUCAUCAACAUCAAUAUAAUACCAACUUAUCUAAUCGUACUACACCUUCUUUAUCUGACUAUUCACAACAACAACAACAACAAUUGAUAUCUCCUUUUGACAGUCCGACACCCACCCCCAGUACUUCUUGGACUUCGGAAAUGAGUGCUUUUGUAGAUAAACUUCGGGAUGAUGCCGCUGCUAUGGUGGCUUCCAAUAAAUAUCAACCUCAACAACCUACACAAACUCCUUUAGAUAGAAAAAGUGUUUCUCAAGGUAUGAAAUUAGUCGCUAUUGCUGCUGACGAAUAUGAAGAUGGAAAUGAUGCUGUGGCCUUGGAUAUCUAUCUUUCUGGCAUUGAUAAAAUAUUGAUGGCUUUACCAAACAAAACUGAUCCUAGAACAAAGAUAGCAUUAAGGGAAAAAUUAAUAAGUGUGGAAGAACGUGUAGGGAUUUUGAAUCUUGCCAUUCAAUACAAAAGAUUGCCCAAUAUUCAAUCUAAUGAUCAUGAUGAUAGCAAUCAAUACCUGGAUAACAAUGAUGAUACUAUCAUGAUAUCUGGACAUACAGGUGCAACUACAACAACUACAAAAACAUCUGUAUUUUCAUCCAUCUCAACUACUAUCAGCACUAUCAGUUCGAUUGGAUCUACAACUGUACAAGCAUGGGAAGAAAACAAUGCAUCGAUGCAACUUUUAGAUCAGCAGGAUCCUAUCCACCGAUUUAAACGAUUUGGACGAUUUGUGAUCAAUACGAGUGUAUGUCUUGCUAUUAUGGUGAAACGAUCUCCCGUGCCUGACCUCAUUGGUUUGAUAUGUAGUUAUCUUGUCCAUGUUCUCUCUUAUUUAGAUCAUCAAUAUCAAGUUCGACAAAAAAUGCAAUCGGUUGGAAUAGAAUGUAUAAAGUUGUUAUUGGCGGCGGAUGAACAUUAUCAUUUACAUGAACUUGCUUCGGAAACCUUAUACAUGUUGAUCGCUGCUAGUCUUAAGGCCGCUGUGGCGUUCAAGGAAAGUCCUAGUUACCGUCAUCCGACAUCUUCUCCGGCUUCUUCUUCUCCUUCUUCUGAUUCUUCAUCGGAUGGCAAAGAUAUCAGUCAAAUUGAAUAUCAAGAUUCUCCUUCUCCUCCUCCUCCUUCUACCUCUGGGUCUAGAUUACCAUGGAUUCUUUCUGGUUGGUAUUAACUUUAUCAUUUUCUUUAUCUUUUAGAUACAAUUAUAUUAUAUUACUUUUAUAUAUAUAGUUCUCUUUUUUUUUCCUUACCCCCUUUUUCCCCAUUUGUAUACUUCUCCUUUCCCUCACUCCUUUUUAUGCAUCAUCACAUCUUGUUUUGAUGACCCCACUUUAGUUUACUUUAUUGAAUGUAUUAGUGCAUGAUUGAUAUACCUACUUGAAUAAAUAAAAAAAAAUGAAAAAAAUGGUACAUACAAUUUAGGAUGAUGUUUGAUUUGUCAAUGAUGUUGUUUGUCAUCUAAGUCCAAAAAAAGAAUGACUCUAG